AUGGUUCGAAAGAAGACACAGAGUAAGCGAUUAUCAGCUGCCAAACGAUACAAGAUACUGAAGAACGUAGCCGAGCAUAAAAGAAAGGAGAGGAGGGAAGCUAAAAAGAAUCCAAGUCGGAAAAGUUUAAAGAAAGAUCCGGGAAUACCAAAUUUGUAUCCGUAUAAAGAUAAAAUUCUUCAUCAACUAGAAGAACAGAAACGAAAGCUAGAAGAAGAAAAGGCCCGACAGCGUCAAGCCCGCGUUGCAUUACAUAAUAAAAAGCGCAACCUCAACCUCACCGAUCUUGUAGAAGAUGCCACCACGCGUACUAAACUCUUCGACAAUGAUAGGCCUUCAGAUGCUAAUGACUCGGUCACUGCAAUCGACCCUGCUGCUGCUGGAUUAAAAGACAAUUCUCGCAAAGCAUUCUACGGUGAAUUUAAAAAAGUAAUAAAAAAUGCGGACGUUAUACUAGAAGUCCUUGACGCGCGAGAUCCAUUGGGAUGUAGAUCGACGGAGCUCGAGAGAAUGGUAAUUGACAGUGGAGUAAACAAACGCCUCAUUCUAAUAUUGAACAAAGUAGACCUGGUUCCGAAAGAAAUAGUCUCAAAAUGGUUAACAUAUCUGCGCAAUGAAUACCCAGCGAUCGCAUUCAAAUCUUCAACUCAAUCACAACGCACCCAUCUUGGCCACUCCUCCACUCCAAUAAGUCUUGCAUCCGAAUCCAGCCUUCAUACGUCCGAAUGCUUUGGAGCUUCUACUCUUCUUAAACUUCUCAAAAACUACUCUCGCAAUCUCAAUAUUAAAACUUCGAUCACUGUUGGUGUUAUCGGAUAUCCAAACGUAGGGAAGUCAUCUUUGAUAAAUUCGCUGAAAAGAGCGAAAGUUUGCGCAGUCGGGGCGACGCCAGGGUCGACAAAAACCUCUCAGGAAGUACAGUUGGAUUCUAAGGUUAAAUUAUUAGAUUGUCCGGGUAUUUUGUGGGGAGAGAAUGAUGCCGAAAUGUCAUUAAGGAAUUGUAUUAAAGCUGAGUUGUUAGAAGACCCUGUAGCACCAGUCGAAUUAAUAGUCUCUCGCUGCCCACAGCAACUACUAGUAAAAAGAUACAACAUUCCACCAUUUCGAGACGCCAACGAUUUUCUUAUUCAAGUCGCUCGUCAACGUGGGCGUCUAAAGCGUGGUGGCAUUCCCGAUAUAGUCUCUGCUGCUCGUUCAGUCCUACAGGAUUGGAACACUGGACAAAUAUCAUUUUAUACCACCCCACCUACACAAUCAUCUUCUGGGGGAGAGGUGACCUUGGUGCAGCAGUGGGGGAAGGAAUUUGAUUUGGAUAAUUUGGUUCUGGAGGAUGUUGAUAUGUUGCAGUAG